GUAAAAUCUAUUAUCCCAUUAAGUAAUCUCUCUCACACAUAAGCCUAUCAAGAGAAAGGCCACGUUUUUUGUUGUUUUUGUAGAAAUUCAAUCAAUUCAACCCUUGUUAUUCUCCACCCAUUACUGGUUUGAAGAUACUGCAGUAACCCAGUUAUAUGGCAAAGAUUACAGCGUCACGUGCCUUGGGCAGGGGCAAUCAAUCCAUCCUGUUGCAUUGGUCAAGGUAACUUACUAUGUGGGUGAAUUGCCGUAAUCAAAGCUUUGCCGCCCUCCCUUUAUCUGUUUCAUCAACAUUUGGCUGUACGUCAGAAUCGUUAUAUUAACGCAGAAACUACAUUUCCCCCAGGCACUUCAAACCUCUGAUCAGGAGGGUAAGAGAAGGUUAUUUCAUGACUGGGAAAAACAACGAGGAACCCGCGUGAUUUGCCUGUAGGCCUAAUCAAGUCUGUCGGAUUGUAUAGAUUCGCAGGACUGUGAAAACUUAGUCAAUGUUGCAGAGUUUCAGCUAGUUGCGGAUUCGAUUUGGCAGAAAUUAGCCAACUGAGGACCUGUAAGCAUUCAGUGAUUUAGACUGUCUACGGUACGUAAAUAUUGAAUAUACAGUUUAAAGGCAUCUAGCCUAAACUAGAGUUAGAACCUUUAUUGGUCUCUGCAGUUAUUUUGUAAGAUGUCACUACUACUGACAGCCGCGGUAUGUAUCUGUCUGCCUCUGCUUGAGUUCGGGAUAGGGGCGCGAGUCCCAGAACCAUCUCUCGGUGUUACAGUCAAAUGGAAUAUAUCAAACAGGACAUCAGACGGAAGUCAACUAGAGGGGUCAAAAUACAAACAUUUAGAUGAGGCUUUUGAAGAGCAGUUCUACUACUUACAGCGUCUUUUCAAUCAGUAUGGAGAAAACGAGACCCUGUCCUUUAAAGGCUUGCAGAAUUUGUUGGGCAGUUUGGGAUUGGGGGAGGUCAGUGUGUUGGAGAUCAGCCACCAGGGGCUGAGGCACAACCCCCUGACACCAACUCACUUUUCUCAUGCACAAUUUAAUGAGGAUCAGGAAACUGAUCUCCCUGAUUCUGUUAAGCCUGUUGAGUCACCACCCUCUGCACACCCAGCCAGCACGCCACAUCCUGGGACAUCAGGGUCAGCUGGACCUAGGUCAAAGGGCAGCAAGGAUCAUGUGAUAAUGGAAGAGGGCCAUCAGUGGCCCUCCCCUACUGCGCGCAAUGUUCCUGUCCAAAGAGUGUUUGACUCCCGUGUGUCAAAUCAUCCGACACAGCAACAUCUUCAUGGGAACUGUCUGAACGUCACUCAGCUCUUGUGGAAUUUUGGUCUGGGAAAGGCAUCCCACAUUACACAUGAUCACUUCACCCUCCUGUGCCCAGCUCUGCUGUACCAGAUUGAGAGUGGAGUUUGUCUCCGUCACCCAGAGACUCGGGGAGCACGGUCAGAAAGCAGGGUGACAUUCCUCAAAGCCCUGGGAUGGAGCUCCUUGGCUCUGGCUAUGAUCAGCCUGCCGUCUCUGCUGGCUCUGAGCCUGGUACCACUGGUUCCCCCUGCCCUCCUCCGCUCCUUUCUCUGCCCUAUGACAGCCCUGGCUGUGGGGACGUUGUGCGGAGAUGCCCUGCUACACCUUCUGCCUCACGCAAAUACUGGGCCACACUCAAUCCACUCUAAAGAACAGGACUCUAUUUUGAAAGGCCUUUGUGUCCUUGGAGGGUGCUAUCUCCUCUUUAUCUUUGAAAGCCUUCUAGGACUGAGGACCCAUUAUAAGAAUGCUACGACGAAGAGGAAGGAGCGGAACACCCGUGCAGAUCCGGACCCAGAGUGGGAGCUUACUGUCCUGCAGAGUGAGACCGAACACCCCAAGCACGGCCACGGCCAUUCGCAUGGCCCGCCCUCCCAGGAGCACGCUGGGAUGGGAAGCUUGGUGUGGAUGGUGGUCAUGGGAGACGGCAUCCACAACCUCACUGACGGACUGGCCAUUGGCGCAGCUUUCUCUCAGAGUUUGACUGGAGGACUCAGCACCACUAUAGCAGUGUUCUGUCAUGAGCUUCCUCACGAACUAGGUGACCUAGCAGUGUUGCUGGGAGCUGGGUGGCCUGUUCGCAGACUAUUCCUCUUCAGCAUUGUGUCAGCCCUGCUGGGCUUCAUGGGCCUGUUGGCUGGCUCUGUGCUGGGCCACCAUUCAGCCCAUUUCUCUCCCUGGGUAUUCUCCCUGACUGCUGGGGUCUUUCUCUAUGUGGCUCUAGCUGAUAUGUUGCCAGAGAUGCUUCAUGGCGAUCCUGGCCCAAUGGGACCCUGGACUUGCUUCCUGCUUCAGAACCUGGGUCUGUUGGCUGGGGCCGCCGUCAUGUUGUGUAUCGCUCUGUUUGAGGACCACAUUGCCUUCAACCUAGGUGAUGUCUGAUUCAGUGGUCGGCUCAUGAGUGGGUACGAUUCAAACACGAGGCUGUGAUGUGGAUUCCAAACCAUGGGAUUGGUUACUCUUAACCCUAGUUCAAUUAGCCAAUUUCACAUUCUUAUUAUUGUUAAAGCAUGCCCGGAGGUCAUUCAAAUAAUUGUAAGGCCUGAAAAAUUUGAUUUGAGAGAACAAGGCACUGAACUCUACAUUGCUAUUGUACACAUUGUGUCAAAAGUUACAUGGAUAAUUUCCCAGUUUUAUAGCUAAUUUACCAUAAUUAUACACUUUAAAAUGGGACAGAGACACUGUUUGCUUUUUCAUGGCACAUCAUGCUAUUGUUCACAUUUUGCUAUGAGAGAAAAUGUUGCUGUUUGAAAGCAGAUUUUCAGGAAUUCUGCAGAUUAUGCUAUAUUUUUGCUGUCUUGGAUGCAUGAUAGUGGAAUUAAUAAUUUUGUAACCUGUGUACAACCAGCUUUUGAGACAAGAUUACUUUUGGUCACGUUCCCCUACUCAGAUAUUGCCAGAUCAGGUAGCCCCAUCAUUAUAUAGCAUUCUGCUGCCUGAUGGCUUGGUCAAUGAUGUGCAGCGUCUGAGCAGGAGAACGUAGUGAGUCAGCAGCAUUGCCAGACCAGAUGAUGUGAUCAGAAGAAACCACACCAAGACAGUGACAUGGAGCACCGUUUAAAUUGGUUUGCCUAUUACAUACUUUCAUGAGCCCUAAGAAAUUACAUUUUAUAUUUGAAUAUACCACAUAACUUUUGUUUUUAAAAGGUUCAAUAUAGCAUUGUUAUUUUAUCAGGUACAUUGACAUGGAACAGGUUGUCAUUUACCACAACAACCUAGGAGCAAUUAGGGUUAACUUCCUUGCCCAGCGACAGAAUUGGAUUUUGUUUUGCUGAAAAAGGAAUUAACACUAGUGAAUCAAUUUCUACACCAAAUAACGUACUUUAAAUCUUUCUGUAUAAAUGUCAUAA